GGACGAAAAGGCGGCGGCGGCGGCGGCGGCAGCAGCAGGAGCCGCGCUGCCUUGUGAGGCGAGAGGGUCGCGGGGGUUGGGUGGAGCCGCGGGGCGCUAUGGAGGACAUUAACUCCAACGUGAACGCCGACGCCGAAGUGCGGAAGCUGCAGGAGCUGGUGAAGAAGCUGGAGAAGCAGAACGAGCAGCUCCGCAUUCGCAGCGCCGCCGGGGCUCCAGGAGGCAGCCCCAAACGGCUGCUGGGCAACAACCACGGCGGCGGCGGAGGGUCGGGAGCCUGCACGCCGCCUCUGGCCGCGGCGGCUGCCGGCGCCCCGCAGUCGCCUUCGCCGCCGUCGCCCGCCGCCGCCAGGAGCAGCCCUCUGCUGCUGGGGCUCGAGAGCCGCUGCCUCGGCCCCAACAAGGCCGGGCCCAGGCGGCCUCCGCCGAGCGAGGAAAGAGCAGGAGGAAGCGGCUCGGAAGUGUCGGGGGGAGCCGGGGAGAGUGCCAGCCUCCUGGACGAAGUGGAGCCGCUGAAGCCCGACGAGCUGGAGCGGCUGGCCGGCUGCGGGGAAGACGAGACCGGCUGGUUGUAUGCUUCGCCAAAGAAGAAAGUGACUCCAUUGCAUAAAUGUAUUAGCCCACUGGUUUGGUGCAGACAGAUAUUGGAUUAUCCAACUCCAGAUAUUGAAUGUGCUAAAAAAUCAUUGAUCCAUAGGCUUGAACAGACAAUGUCAGCUCUCAAGAGACACAGCCUUUAUAGUAAUCCGUUCAGCACUGUCAAUUAUGCAAACUCUUAUAGUCCAAAUGCUGGCAGUCCCUACAGCAGUAGCCUCAACUCUCCUUCCUCCACACCAGUGAAACCUCCUUUAGUAAAACAGCUCAUACUUCCUGGCAACUCAGGUCAUUACAAAAAUUCAGCAGAUAGAAAUCCUCCAUUGAGCCCACAGUCCUCUAUAGAUAGUGAAUUAAGUGCUUCAGAAAUGGAUGAAGAUUCAAUUGGUUCAAAUUACAAACUAAAUGACUUAACAGAUGUGCAAAUUUUAGCACGGAUGCAAGAGGAAAGUCUCCGGCAAGAAUAUGCAGCUACUGCUUCUCGGCGUAGUUCCGGCUCUUCGUGCAGUUCUAUGAGGCGAGGUACAUUUAGCGACCAGGAACUUGAUGCGCAGAGCUUAGAAGAUGAAGAAGACAGCUGCCAUCAUGCGGUGCACCCAGCUGUCAAUCGGUUCUCUCCAUCACCACGCAAUUCACCGCGGCCUUCACCAAAGCAGUCCCCACGGAAUUCUCCUCGAUCUCGAUCACCUGCCAGAGGAAUGGAGUACAGCAGAGUGUCGCCUCAGCCUAUGAUUACUCGUUUGCAGCAGCCUCGUCUUUCACUUCAAGGCCAUCCCACAGAUUUACAGACUAGCAAUGUCAAAAACGAAGAGAAACUAAGGCGUAGUCUUCCAAACCUGUCCAGGACAUCUAACAUCCAAGUUGAGUCUGUGAAAAACAGUAGAAGUGACUCAAACUUUCAAGUGCCAAAUGGAGGAAUAUCUCGUAUUCAACCUCAACCCUCAUCCACUCUGCAAAGGCAGAAAAAAAUGCCCCGUGUUGCCUUCAAAACCAAACAGCUACUUCCUACUCCAGCUACCAAAGGAGUUCCUUCUCCCAGUAAAUUCCGGUCCCCAGCAGCACCGUCUCCUCUGGCUCUGAGACAGCCAGUAAAAGCGUUCAGUAACCAUGGACCUAGCUCUGCUGUUCCAGAAGCUGUCCAGCUUUCACAUAGCAGCUCUUCACCAGGGCCUUUAGCAGCUCCCAAUUCAGUCUCUCCAAGCCCAGCCAGCAGCAUCAACAGUGCUACGCUUACAAGACCUGCAGGGACAACAGGGAUGAGGAGUGGUUUGCCAAGACCUAGUGCCCCCUCCGCUGGGGGCAUACCAGUGCCUCGUAGCAAACUUGCACAGCCUGUUCGCAGAACAUUGCCAGCUCCCAAAACCUAUAGCAAUGUGAAAGAUGAGAGUUGGAAGGAUGGCUGCUACUGAACUGCAAAGCGACAUUGCUCAGUAGGUACUCCUUCCCCAGGCUAAAUGACAGAUCAAUAUGCAGACUGAUCAGAUAAGACUUUGGGGGUUUGUAAAUCCCCAGACCUCUGUCCUUAAUUAGCACAAGCUGGCAGAGAUUAUAAAACAGCACUUUAAUGACAUUAACAUCAGUUACUUGGUGAUCACUCAAAUCACUUUUACAUGAAUCACUUUUCACCUCCGGAGCUUUCUCUCCUCUGCUACCUAAAAAUUGUUAUAAAUGCUCUCAUGGAUACAGUGGUCAACAUCUGGGCAAACACCUAACACAAUGCCAAAGAAACAUCUAUCCUGAAAAACAGCAUGUAAAAUCGUAAAAAUAAAAUUAAAAAUAAAAUCUAAAACAUCCAUAUGUGACUUGAUUUGAUUUAAGGAAAAUAAUUUUCUGGAGCUGUAGUAAUAUAAACAUUAACAUAUUAAUCAAAGUGGGGGGGGGACGCCUUGCCAAGUGCUACUGUGGUAGUGAAAUCCUUUUAAACAAUUGUGGAAGAUUUGGGUGGAGAAAUUGCUGAGUCACAGUAGAACCAUUUUAUCUGGAGUCUCAUUUGGGAGUGGUAGGGAAGCCAUGUCAUUGUUUUAUCUUUUUGAACAGUCGGGAUGCAGCAGACCUCAUAUAUCUGGGUUGGAUAGGUUGCAUCUUUUUAUGUUGACUUGACCCAAACUGGUUUUGUGUUGUUUCAUUUGGAUUGCCAAAAGGGCUUAGUAUCAACUGUACAAUCUUUCUAAACUUAGCAGUUCCUGGCUCAGGAAGAUGGCCUUUGCUAUCGCAAACGACAUUUUGAAAAACACAGCUCACACUAUUUUGAGAAGUCCUUUUUAAGAUGAAAUUUCCUUGAAAAGGGAGAAAUUGUCCAUUAAAAUCACACCUCAGUGCUUACAGCCUGGAACUCAACUGAACAUGCGUAGAGUUAACAUAAAGAAAAGAUGACUAUGCACUUAUACCCUAGAGAGACUAAGGAAAUGAGUUGUACUGUUGAUACCAAAUGAUAUAUUCGUGUGGGUAAUGUUUCAUGGUAUGAGGGAGUUUUCUUUACCUUUUUUAAAAGAAAAAAUUGAUCAGCUUCCUAAACUAAUUUGUGUUUAAUUGUAAAUACUUCUUCUGAAGUUAUUGCCCAUGUUAGUAUUCUAACUAUGUACUUUGCCUUACACCUGUAUUUUACAUUGUUGGUAAGAGUUUAAAAAACAAAAACGAAAAAAAACAACCCAGCCAUAUAUGUUUACAAUAUAUUUAGUUCCUCUAGUGGCUGUCAGACUAACCAAUACUUAUCACUAUUUUUACUUGUUUGCAGGGUCCCCUGCUCAGUUUAAAAAAAAAAAACCCUGCUGCUAUUGACACCCUAUUUCCCUCCCUUCACACACAUACAUACCUUUUUAAAAAAACGUAAGUUUUUGUUUUUUGCUGCAUUGAACGACUGAAGAUGUGAAAACAGCAAGUUGGGAGCAGGUCCUUUGUAAAUGUCUCUAUGAAUGGGGCAGUCUCAUGACAUCCACAAUGAUUCUGCAGCACUCAUGAAGUACUUGGUAAAACCAGGCAGCCAGGAUACUUUUUAUGUAAUGACUGAAGAAUCCAACAGGCUCUGUUGGAAUGUGUGGUAGGUUGCCUUUUAACCUCAUUCAUUCCUGCCUCAUAAUAUGUGUGUUUUGAAUUUUGCAGCAAAUGGUAAUUAAUCCUAGAAUUUCACAGUCCUCUGAUUUUUUGUUUUCUUAGCUUAGUGGAUUAAAAGCCAUGCAACUUUUACUUGAAUUGGAUAAGUGAACAAGACAGAAUAGGACCAGAUCUCUGAUACAGCAGUUUCGUAAUCCAUGGGCAGUCUUUAUUGGUUAAACAAGAGGCCCUUCAUUUUGCCAUGUUCAAGUCAUGGGAUUCCUACUGCAUGAAUUUUUAGGAUGCUGAUUUCUAAAGACACAUUAUGGGAAGAAAGGUUUUGUACAGGUUUAAACAGGUCUUAUAAGUAGAUUUCUUCACAAUUCUUUCCAAUGCUACUUUUUUUAUACGGUGGAAUGAUACGCACUGCGAAUCAUAAGCACAGUCUGGGAAAUGGAAUUCAUUUUAAUUAAAAAAAAUACUUCCCCUGAUCUUUACAUCCAGUUAAAAGUCUGCCUGGACGAAAUCUUCUGAUCCGGUGUGUCUUCCGAAAUCAAAGUAGCCAAUAACCUGUGGGAAACCUGAGGCAAGAUUAACAGUGUUGUACUGUUAAUCCAACACAUGUGAUGUUGAGCAAAAAAAAAAAAAAA